AUGAUGCGUCAACUGACAGAGAACAACCGACUUAUUGCGGUCCAGCCUGGGUUCCUCGAAAAAAGAUCCUGUGACACCUGCCAGCUCUCUUUCUUUGAGUAUGUGCUACAAUCUAGAGACAAUGGUUUUGCCCUUUACACAGUCUGCUUUGAUUUCACUAAAGCCUUUAAUCGUGUUGACCAUAAUCUCCUCCUUCUUAAACUUGCCUCUUUCGGCAUAGGUAAAAAGCUUCUGAAUUCAAUAUCUUCCUAUUUGGAUGCUCGUACAAAACGAGUUAGAGUUUCCAAUGUCAUCUUUAACCCCACACAUGUGACGAGUGACGUACUAAGACCGCUCUUAUUUUGCCUUUUUGUCAACGAUGUUCCUGAUUGCUUUCAAAAUGGUAGAUCCUUGAUGUACGCUGACGAUUUAGAAGUUGCCUAUCAAUAUGAACCGGCAGAUUUCAAUAUCGUGCUCGAGCUCAUAAAAAGGAUCUUCAGGCCUUUGCCCAGUGGUGCUGCACAUGACGCCUCUCCCUUUCAUGGCACAAAUGUUCCGUCAUGGUUUUUAGCGACGAUCAUUAGCCUGAAGUAA